AUGGGAAGACGUCAGAGGGAAGUUCAUCAACCAUCUCUAUGCCUGACUCCAGGGCCAGAAGGUCAACGCCUUUAUAGACGAGAAAAAGCUGGCGAGAGGGGAGGUCAUCGAGAAGUAUAUAUUGACCGCGAUCGAGACGUCGAGAUUCUCCAUGGUCGUGUUUUCCUCCAGGUACAUCGACUCGGAGUGGUGCUUGGAUGA